AUGAUUGCGGAGACGAUUUCACUUGGGAUUCUUGCGUUGCCCAAGGCACUUUCAACUCUCGGUCCUUUGCCGGGUGUUACCGCCAUUCUGGGAAUCGGACUCGUUUCGACAUAUACCGGUUAUACGAUCGGUCAGCUGAAGGAACGAUUUAUGCAUAUUCAUAGUAUGGCGGAUGCUGGCGAUCUCUUGUUUGGAAGCCCGGGUCGUCGACUCUUCGGAAUUGCACAGUUACUCUUUUUCGUCUUUAUAAUGGGGAGUCAUAUUUUGACGUUCUCUAUCAUGAUGAACGUCUUGACCGAGCAUUCCAAUUGCACAAUUCUGUAUGCAUCAAUCGGCGUCCUUGUCUCGUUCAUUUUGACUCUCCCGCGUCGCCUUGAACGAUUAUCUCAUCUCUCGCCCAUUAGCUUCGUAAGCAUUAUCGGUGCCGUUCUCGUGAGCAUGGUUGGAGUCACUGUUGGACGACACUCGCCUAGUUUACAGGCUUUAUCGACGGUUCCAACGGUGCAUGAUACCUGUCUUGCUAUUGCAAAUAUCGUUUUCGCAUAUGCAGGACAUGUUGCCUUCUUUACUCUUUUCUCGGAGUUGCGAGAUAUCAAAGAUUUUCCCAAGGCUCUUGCGCUUCUCCAAACUUGUGAGAUGGUUCUGUAUACCGUCACGGCUAUUGUCAUCUAUGCAUACGUGGGCCAGGAAGUCACAUCUCCAGCUCUGAACUCAGCGGCAGAGCUGUUUCGCAAGCUCUCCUAUGGGAUUGCAAUUCCGACGGUAUGUAUUCGGAAUGUUUGUCGUAGUUGA